AUGGAGAUCGAAUCGGUGACGUGCGAGUGUUGCGGUUUAACGGAAGAUUGUACACAACACUACAUCAGUAAAGUCAAAGCUAACUUCGCCGGCAAAUGGCUUUGUGGACUUUGCUCCGAUGCGGUGAUUGAUGAAGCCAGCCGUAACCGGAAGAUGAAGACGGUGGAGGAAGCUCUUAACGCCCACGUGUCGUUUUGUGGUAAGUUUAAAGCUAACCCGGCAGAACUCGUCGCCGAGGGCAUGAGACAGAUGCUACGGAGGAGGUCCGGUGGCUUAUUGCCGGCGAAGUCCAAGAAUUUUGGAGCCAUAGAUUGGUCAAUGAUGGAGAUUGAAUCGGUGACGUGUGAGUGUUGUGGCUUAACGGAAGAUUGUACACAACACUACAUUAGUAAAGUCAAAGCUAACUUCGCCGACAAAUGGCUUUGUGGACUUUGCUCCGAAGCGGUGAGUGACGAAGCUAGUCGCGACCGGAAGAUGAAGACGGUCGAGGAUGCUCUUAACGCUCACGUGUCGUUUUUUGGUAAGUUUAAAGCUAACCCGGCAGAACUCGUCGCCGAGGGCAUGAAACAGAUGCUACGGAGGAGGUCCGGUACGUAG